AUGGGAGAAUUGAAAAAGUCUGUAAGUGUGCAAGAACAACGCGCAUUUUUGAAAAUUUGUACUCUACUGAAUUAUUCAAUUGGACUAUCGGGAAAUCUUUUGCAAAAAGCAGUGGGCAAGAACGCGCUCAAGAAAAGUGCAGUGAUUAAUUGGAUGAAAUCGUUCAAAGAGGGACGGACAAAUACUGAGGAUGCACUGAGGUUGGGUCGACCGAGAUCGCCUUCCAAACAAGAAAGGCAAGAACGAAUCCAGGAAGUGUUGCGAUGCUUUAGUAGAGUGAGCAUUAAUAACAUCUCCGCACAACUGAACAUACCUUUCGCAUCGGUAGAAAGAAUAUUAAGAGACGAUUUAUGUCUGGUGUCCAAGCUCGGCGAAUAUGGUCCUCAUUCGUUGUCGCCUUCCCAGAAGGAGAAGCGAGUUGAUAUUGCACAUAUGAACUUGUCGUGGCUUAGUCAUCGCAAAGAUGACUUAAGAAGAUUCAUUUGCCUGGACGAAAGUUGGUUCGAAUUUUUCACCCCCCUUCAAAGACAUCAAGCGCGCUCCUGGGUUGGAUCAGGCACAUCAGCCGAGCCCAUACCACGCGCAGAAUUGCACGAGAGGAAGGUCUUACUGAUAGUAGGCAUAGAUGUUCACGGCGUGGCGUUUUGGAAAACUUAUAAGGAAAAUAUCACAAUGACAGCCGAGCGCUAUAAAUCGUUUUUAGAGGAAUAUAUCCCAAAAUGGGCGAUACAUCGCAACAUCAAAGCAUCAGUUCUACUGCAUGACAACGCUAGACACCACAAAGCCUACGUAGUUCAGGAGUUAAUCGAAGACAGGAGUUGGAUUGAGUUGCCGCAUCCACCAUAUUCACCUAAUAUGAAUCCGUGCGAUUUCAACCGCUUUGUAUUCCGCCAUUAA